CGCCUUUUUUGUUUCUUAUCCUUUUACUUCUUUAUCCAACCACUUUCCCCAAACCACCCAAACACACUCACUACACCAUGGCCGAAACUCUUACUCGCGACAACCACGUUUAUCUCGCCAAGCUUGCCGAGCAGGCCGAGCGCUAUGAAGAGAUGGUCAAGAACAUGAAGGAGGUCGCUUUUGCCAACACAGAGUUGUCGGUUGAGGAGCGUAAUCUCCUCUCGGUCGCCUACAAGAAUGUGAUCGGUGCCCGCCGUGCGUCCUGGCGCAUUGUGUCGUCGAUUGAGCAGAAGGAAGAAUCCAAGGGCUCAGAGUCGAACGUUGCGAUGAUCAAGACGUACCGCACCAAGAUCGAGGAGGAGCUCGCGGAUAUCUGCAAUGACAUCCUCAAUGUGCUCGAGAAGAACCUGAUCCCGUCUGCAAACCUGGGCGAGUCCAAGGUCUUUUAUCACAAGAUGAUGGGCGACUAUCACCGUUACCUGGCUGAGUUUGCGACGGGCGACAAGCGCAAGGAGGCUGCAGACAAGUCUCUGGAGGCCUACAAGGCAGCUAGCGACGUCGCCAUCACGGAGUUGCCACCUACUCACCCCAUCCGCCUGGGAUUGGCCCUCAACUUCUCUGUGUUCUACUACGAGAUUUUGAACUCGCCCGACCGUGCAUGCCACUUGGCCAAGCAGGCCUUCGAUGACGCCAUUGCUGAGCUGGAUACCUUGAGCGAGGAGAGCUACAAGGACUCGACGUUGAUCAUGCAGCUCUUGAGAGACAACUUGACUCUCUGGACCUCGGAUAUGCAGGAAGGAGCUUCUGCAAACCAGACAGAGGCUACAGAGGGUGCCCGUGAGCCUGAGGCCUAAACGGAGUCGGGUCACUUUCUCUACCCUCAAUCUUACUAUCACUGAACAUAAGUUCCUUCCCCACCCACCAGACAGAAAACACACUGGCAUGCGAAUAAAGCAAACCGCAAUUGAACGCCAGUUUAAGGCAUAAGUCAAUGGAUUCGACUAUUUUUUAAAGGGUCAC